AGCAUAUCCAUCACCAGGCGCUGGUGAUUCCCAGUCUGUAGAAAAGUGGAACAAAGAUCUCAGCUGUGAUGGCAGACAUGAUGGCAUAAGAGAAGCCAAAGAGCCAGAAGGCUGCUCCAAACCGCAAGAACUCUGCACUGCUGGACUCCUUACGGCUUCUGAUGGCCUGAAAAAGGCCAAUGCCAGCUGCCCCCAAAAUAGUUGCAGCAAACACCACAUAAUCCCACACUGAGAAGGUAUCCACUGGGCCACCUGUUCCAACCAUGUUCUGCAUUCUUUCAAGCCAAAAUGGAGCUUCUGGUCAUUUUGUGACAUCUAGUGGACAGAGCCUUGCACAAAGGCUUUUAACAGGAUCCAUUGCAUCAUUUUCCUUGACUACUGAAUGAAUAAGGCUCUUGAAGGAAAUCAAUAAUUCAUGUCAUUCACAUAAUGGACCAAGAAUGCAGUUCCUUUUCGUCAAAGAUAGAAGAUAACAGCCAGCAUGGAUGGAGGCGGAUUAUAAUAAGUUCGCAUAAAUACUGUUCAGCAGGGAUGCUCAGACUCACUGCAUCAUCAGCCCUGCAACGCAAGAAUCCAACCAAAAAGGUUCAAGGUAAACUGAGGAAAACUUAACAUGGAGACUGCAGUGUUCACCUGCUGGCUCCUGUUUCUGAUGUUCAGCCCUGUUGUCCCGAUAUGUUUACCCACUGACUUCACCAUGCAUGUGGAGAAACCAGAGUGUGACUUCUGUGUGGCCAUCAACACCACCAUCUGCAUGGGAUUCUGCCCAUCAUGGGACCGGAUCAGGCAAGACAAAAACCGCCCACCCUACAUCCAACAGAUUGGAUGCACCUACGACAAAGUUGAGCAUCGCACAGCCAUUCUUCCCGGCUGUCCCAUCGAGGCAAACCCCGUCUUCACCUACCCCGUGGCUCUCAGCUGCAGGUGUGAUUCCUGCAGGACUGAAACUAAUGAGUGUGUGCAAAGAGCCAGCCCUGUGGGAUCUAGUUGCACCAAACCAGUCAAGAUGCUUUACCCAUAUCCUGACCAGAGCAACUACAUGACCUCUUUCUGAUUCACAAGCUGACACCAUUCCCAUUAUGCUUACUUUACCCAUCUUAAACUGUAUGAUUCAUUAGUGUCUGUAGAGGGAAAAUGUGACCCUUUGGCUUGUGACAGACAAAUAAAUAACUACACAUUUAGUUUUGUUGCCUGUUUAACCACCUCUGCUAUUGUGCCUUUGUUGCCAAACCUGUCUGUGCUGGACCUCUGCCUCUCAGAUUACAAUGAGGGUGCUGAUCUUGUUGGUCAGUUGGUGACCUUAAUUAAUCAACUUCCUGUAAGCUCGUGGCUGUGUGACUCAUAGAUUCAUUAUGUUUCCUCUGAAAAGGAUACUCUGAAUGCAACUGAAUUAAAGCUCAGUCUCUAAAUAGCUCUCUGCCUAAGCUGUGCUUGACUUAAUCACAUCCUGUGCUGUCCGUUCUGCUUUGUUUACAACACAACA